AUGACCCGCGUCGCCAUUGAAUUCUCUCUCUGUAUCGGUGGACUUUCGAGCGAGGAGAAGCUUCGCCGUCUAUUGAAGUUCUUGGAAGAUAGACUCCCAAAUUCAGAACGCCGUCGAACGCAGUCAAGAGCACCAAGCUUCUUUGCCAAGACUGCGCCUCGAAGGUCUGAAAGACCGAUUUCUGUUGCUGCCGAAACACUCCCAGAAAGUUCUUCACCAGAUUGA